AUGGGUUCUUCAAUCCAUUAUUUUGGUGGACUUAUUGGUGGUAAACAUAACAACACAAACAAUAAUACAAAUAAUAAUAAUAAUAAUAAUAAUAAUAAUAAUAAUAAUAAUAAUAAUAUCUCCAAGGUUAAUGAGAAUAAACAACCUGUUAACUCAAAUAAUAUAUCUAAUCAGUCAACUUCAACAGGUUCAUCUUUCUCUACAAGAGAAUUGAUUCCAAUUAAGAGAUUGAUAAAUAACAAAUCUAAAUUGUCUAUUGCUCUUCAAAGUAACUCUAACUCCACUAUGAAUCUGCAUUCCACUCCCUCUUUGUCUGUUCAUACCACAAAUCACAUAGUCACUGACACAGCUGCAAACACACUAAAUUCUUCCUAUGAUUACGAUGAUCUUGACUCCGAUUAUUCUUCCUGCGAUGAAAAAAAUGAGGAAUCUCUGACAGACUAUAAACCUGGUGGCUACCAUCCAGCCUUUAAGGGAGAAACUUAUAAGGACUCGAGAUACAUAUUGAUGCGGAAACUGGGAUGGGGCCAUUUUUCCACAGUAUGGCUGGCAAAGGACAUGAAAACACAUUCCCAUGUCGCCAUCAAAAUAGUCAGAAGUGACAAAAUCUACACUGAGGCAGCAUUGGACGAAAUCAAAUUACUGGAGAAGUUGAGACAGGAAUCUGUGGAUCAAUCAGAGGGCUCAAAACACAUUUUAAAUCUCUUGGAUAGUUUCUUCCAUAAAGGUCCUAAUGGGAAGCACGUGGUUAUGGUCUUCGAGGUCCUGGGCGAAAAUCUGUUAGCUUUGAUCAGAAAAUAUGAACACCGUGGAAUUCCCUUGGUCUACGUCAAACAGAUUUCAAAACAACUACUAUUGGGGUUGGAUUAUAUGCAUAGGAAAUGUGGUAUCAUCCACACCGAUAUUAAACCAGAGAAUAUAUUGAUGGAGAUCGGCGACGUUGAACUGAUUAUACAAAUGGUUGAGAUGCUAGAUAAACAGAAACGAGAAGAGAAAAAAUUACAAAGAAAACUGUUAAUGAAAAGAUCAGAGACUGAAAAUAGUCUAACUCAUAAACAUUCCUACGAUUCAAGUACAAGUCUACAUAAUAUCAAGCUGAAAAAAAAUAUGCCCGUAUCCAAUUCUUCCAAGGAAUCUUCUAAAGAUAUCAAUUACAGCAACAACACCAAAUAUAAAUCUUACAAUCAAAAUUCCUAUUUUCAAUCCAGUUCUGUAUCUAAUGUGCAAAGAAUCCCAUCUUCUUCCUCCUCAUCCUUUAGAAGACCUCGAAGAAACACAAUCAUCACCGGUUCUCAACCGUUACCAUCACCACUAAGUUCAUCCAAUUUUUUUGAAAUGAAAAAUCAAUUACUUAGUAACAACAACAAUUCUACUGGUAUUGCCAGCAAUAACAUGGGUAAUGAUUCUUUAUUACCGCAUUUUUCUUCAAGUUUCAAGAAUAAUGAGACAAUGGAUUCAAUACUGUCUUCUAAUUCAUUUUCACCAACUAUCCACUUAUCCCUGUCAUCAUUUAACCCAGGUAUGCUACAGUCACAAAAUAUAUCAAAUACUCUCUCAAACAACAAUAACAAUAACAACAACAAUAAUAAUAGUAACAGUACCAAUAAUACUGACAAUAAUUUCUUUUUAAGCGAAAAACAACUGACCCAUUCGUUAUCGUCAUUCGAAUUAACAAACGAUGCAAUAGCGUCGAACACAAGUGAUCACUUAAGUGAGACCAUGAGUAAUGAUCUAAGAACACCUCAAAAUAUUAUUCAGAUCAAAAUCGCUGAUAUGGGAAAUUCAUGUUGGUAUAACGAGCAUUACACAAAUUCAAUACAAACAAGAGAAUAUAGAGCUCCUGAAGUUCUAUUAGGUGCCUCCUGGGGUUGCGGUGCAGAUAUUUGGUCUACUGGAUGCCUGAUCUUUGAACUUAUUACGGGUGAUUUCUUAUUUGAGCCCAAUGAAGGGCAUUCUUAUACUAAAGAAGAUGACCAUAUCGCACAAAUUAUAGAACUACUAGGUGAAUUACCACCAUAUCUAUUAAAAAAUGGUAGAUACACUAAGAAUUAUUUCAACUCACGUGGUCAAUUGAGAAACAUAUCAAAAUUGAAAUUUUGGCCAUUAAAGGAUGUGCUUAUUGAAAAGUAUAAAUUCAGUGAGGAAGAUGCAAGUGAAAUUUCGGAUUUCUUAUUGCCAAUGUUAGAAUUGGAUCCCCGUAAAAGGGCAGAUGCCGGUGGACUUGUAAACCAUCCAUGGCUAAAAGAUACUGUUGGAAUGGAAAACAUAUCAGUACCAGAUAGAAAGUUAUAUGAUUCCGGAAUGAAUAUACCUGGUUGGGCUGAGGAAGCUGUAGAUAAUAGGAAGCAUUAG